AUGGCUACAAUAAAGCCUAUUGAGCAGAAGUCUGUUCAUCAUAUACAGUCUGGCCAGGUCAUUGGUGACGGAUUGACUUCUGUGGUUAAGGAAUUGGUAGAGAACAGCUUUGAUGCUAGCGCAACCUCUAUCGAGAUACGAUUCAAGAAUUAUGCUCUAAAACACUGGACAUCUAAGCUUACGUCGUACGAUGACCUCGAUAGCGUAAAAACUUUUGGAUUCCGUGGUGAAGCUCUUUCCUCGCUCUGUGCUCUUGCGGAUCUUCAGAUUACCACAGCAACUUCCGAAGAAGCCCCAAAAGGCACCCGUCUUGAAUUCGAGACUUCUGGAAAACUGAAGUCCCGUUCAGUUGCAGCUGCGCAGCGCGGUACCACGGUACUGGUAGAAAAUAUAUUCAAAACUUUACCCGUAAGGAGAAGUGAGCUAGAAAGGAAUAUCAAGAGAGAAUAUACCAAAGUACUAGGGUAG